ACGAUGAAGCUGUAGAGAUGCUUCCCUACGUGAUUGCCACCCUGGGCUCAGCAGGGGCCGCCUGCAAAUCCUCCACCUGCAACAACAGCACCAAGGAUUACUGCUACAGUGCUCGCAUCCGCAGCACUGUGCUGCAGGGGCUGCCUUUUGGUGGGGUGCCCACUGUAUUAGCCCUCGACUUCAUGUGCUUUCUUGCACUGUUGUUUGUCUUCUCAAUUCUUCGUAAAGUUGCUUGGGACUAUGGACGUCUGGCCCUGGUGACUGAUGCUGACAGGCGCCGGCGCUGGCAGACGGAGCGAGAGGAGCGGGAAUACGUGGCCUCUGCUCUGCACUCUGACAACCAUGACCGCUACGAGCGCCUCACCUCCGUCUCUAGCUCUGUGGAUUUUGAUCAGCGGGACAACGGUUUCUGCUCCUGGCUGACGGCCAUCUUCAGGAUAAAGGAUGAUGAGAUCCGGGACAAGUGUGGAGGCGACGCGGUACAUUACCUCUCCUUCCAGAGGCACAUCAUCGGGCUGCUGGUGGCUGUGGGCGUGCUCUCUGUGGGCAUCGUGUUACCUGUCAACUUCUCAGGGGACUUGUUAGAAAACAAUGCCUACAGCUUUGGGAGGACAACUAUUGCCAACCUGAAUUCUGGGAAUAACCUGCUGUGGCUGCACACGUCCUUUGCCUUCCUGUACCUGCUGCUGACAGUGUACAGCAUGCGCCGACACACCUCCAAGAUGCGCUACAAAGAGGAUGAUUUGGUGAAGCGAACUCUUUUCAUCAAUGGAAUCUCAAAGUAUGCCGAGCCAGAGAAGAUCAAGAAGCAUUUUGAGGAGGCCUAUGCCAACUGCACUGUUCUGGAAGCUCGCCCCUGCUAUGACGUGGCCAGGCUGAUGUUCCUCGAUGCAGAGAGGAAGAAGGCUGAGCGUGGGAGAAUCUACUUCACCAACCUACAGAGCAAGGAGAACACCCCCUCCAUGAUCAACCCCAAGCCCUGUGGCCACCUGUGCUGCUGUGUCAUCAGGGGCUGCGAGGAGGUGGAGGCCAUUGAGUACUACACCAAGCUGGAGGAGAAACUCAAAGAUGACUACAAGCGGGAGAAGGAGAAGGUGAACGAGAAGCCUUUGGGAAUGGCUUUUGUCACCUUCCACAACGAGACUAUUACGGCCAUAAUCCUCAAAGACUUCAACGCUUGCAAGUGCCAGGGCUGUGCAUGCCGUGGGGAGCCCCGAGCCUCCUCCUGCAGCGAGUCUCUCCAUGUCUCCAACUGGACAGUCAGCUAUGCACCAGACCCACAGAACAUCUACUGGGAACACCUUUCCAUCCGGGGCUUCAUCUGGUGGAUUCGCUGCCUAGUUAUCAACGUGGUCCUCUUCAUUCUCCUCUUCUUCCUCACCACACCUGCUAUCAUCAUCACUACUAUGGACAAGUUCAAUGUCACUAAGCCUGUGGAGUACCUCAAUAACCCCAUCAUCACUCAGUUCUUCCCCACGCUGUUGCUGUGGUGCUUCUCUGCUCUGCUGCCCACCAUUGUGUAUUACUCUGCUUUCUUCGAAGCACACUGGACCAGGUCUGGAGAGAACAGGACAACCAUGCACAAGUGUUACACCUUCCUCAUCUUCAUGGUCUUGCUGCUGCCUUCACUGGGCCUGAGUAGCUUGGAUGUGUUUUUCCGCUGGUUAUUUGACAAGAAGUUCCUGGCUGAAGCUGCGGUACGAUUUGAGUGUGUGUUUCUGCCAGAUAACGGGGCCUUUUUCGUGAACUACGUCAUCGCCUCUGCUUUCAUUGGGAACGCCAUGGAUCUGCUGCGCAUCCCUGGCUUACUCAUGUAUAUGAUACGCCUCUGCCUGGCCCGCUCGGCCGCAGAGCGGCGAAACGUCAAGCGACACCAGGCCUACGAGUUUCAGUUUGGGGCUGCUUAUGCCUGGAUGAUGUGUGUCUUCACUGUGGUCAUGACGUAUAGCAUCACCUGUCCUAUCAUUGUCCCCUUCGGGCUCAUGUACAUGCUGCUUAAGCACCUGGUGGACCGGUACAACCUGUAUUAUGCCUACCUGCCUGCCAAGCUGGACAAGAAGAUCCAUUCAGGGGCUGUGAACCAAGUUGUGGCAGCCCCCAUCCUCUGCCUCUUCUGGCUUCUCUUCUUCUCCACCAUGCGCACAGGGUUCCUGGCCCCCACUUCCAUGUUCACCUUUGUGGUCCUUGUGAUCACCAUUGUGAUCUGCCUGUGUCACGUCUGCUUCGGGCACUUCAAAUACCUCAGCGCUCACAACUACAAGAUUGACCACACAGAGGUGGAUGCUAUAGAAACCAGGCAGAAUGGGAGACCUGCCACCAACUUGCCAGCUCCCAAAUCCGCACAGAAGUACAUUGCCCAAGUGCUGCAGGACUCGUCUCCUGAGGGCGAAGCAACUGAGUCCGAGGAGCAGGGGUCCCAGGAUGAAGAGCUCAUCAAUGCGGAUGGCAUGAACGACACGGAUUUCCAGUCAUGUGAGGACAGCCUGAUAGAGAACGAGAUCCACCAGUAGGGACCUCAAAGGGAGCAAGGGAAAGGAGUCCCAGGUGCUGGGCAGGCUGCCGCACAUGGAGGCAAAGAGAGAAAAACUGAAUGAAGUGCGCAGGCAGAGAGGGUGCCAGCUGCUGCCCUUGCCUACCCCCCAGGGCCACUACCUUCAGCGAGGGCAGGGGCGCUGAGGCUCUCCACUUCCCUGCC